AGCAUUGAACUGUCAGUUUUGUAACUACCCUGUCCAUGGUAACUGUCGGAAUGGAACAAAACAAGACCGGUCUGUAGAGCCAUUUUAUACAUUGCUCUGUGGUGAGAGAGCAGCAUGGAUCCGUCUGAGGCAGAGGGAGCGGAUGCUGCCGAUCCCGCCCCAGAGCAGAGUCCCAAACCCGAGCUUUCUGCAGCGAUGCGGGCUAAAAUCGAGCGGAACCGGCAGCGCGCGUUGAUGCUCCGUCAAGCCCGACUAGCGAGUCGCCCUUUGUCCGCUGUGGAGGGCUCAACUUCGGCCAAAGUCUCCAAGACCAUCGACUCCGGUGCCGGCUUCUUUAUCGAGGAGGAGGAGGACAAAGAGGAAGAGCAGAGGACCAGGAAGGUUGUGCAUCAGCCAGCUCCAGUGAUCGAGCCAGACUACCUGCUGUGCGAUGAUUGUCAAAAACCCUUUAUGGACUCGUACCUCAGCAACAGCUUUGACCUGUCUGUUUGUGACAAGUGCAGAGACAACGAGGAAAAGCAUAAGCUCAUCUCGAGAACUGAGGCCAAGCAGAACUACCUGCUGAAGGACUGUGACCUGGACAAGAGGGAGCCUCCGCUCAGGUUUAUACUUAAGAAAAACCCUCAUAACUCAAACUGGGGAGACAUGAAGCUCUACCUCAAACUACAGGUGGAGAAGAGAUGUAUGGAGGUGUGGGGUUCAGAGGAGGCCCUGCAGGAAGCCAAAGAGACGAGGGAAGAGAACAAAGAGGUGCAGAAACAAAAACGCUUCAACAAGAAGGUCAAAGAGCUGCGCAGGGCAGUGAGGAGCAGUAUGUGGACCAAAGACACCAGCUUCCACCAGCAUCAGUACGGACCAGAGGAGGUGGUGGAUCCGGAGGAGGACCUCUACAAGAAAACCUGCACCACCUGCGGACAUGAACUCACCUACGAGAAGAUGUAGACACUCACGCACAAACAUUGACAGCUAAGUGUUCUUUCUACAAGGAUAUGAUGUUUGGUGCUUCUGUUGGGAACCAUGCCCCUCCAGCUGCGUUCCUUCUGUCUGGAUUACUAGUGCUAUUUCUUUCAGAAAACACUCCAUCCUGAACACAUACAAGGGGCCAAAAUCUCCUGUGUGUCACUUGCAGGCUGUUAUAGUAAUAGUCAGUAAUAAUUCCUAUUUUCAACACUGUUACUGACCUCAGCUUGUACUGUAUAUGUACAGCAGAUUGCCUUUUCGACUCCACUGCCUAUUGUUACACUUCCUGUUACUUUUUUAGCAUUUAAAGAUUCACUCUGGCAAAUCGGCCAAUCAAGGAAGACACAAUGUUGAAUCUUGGAAAUACCAUCUUGCUAAAAAUAAUGAAGCAGUGUGGGGCCCGCUGUAUGAAGAUUAAAACUUUGCUGGGUCCAUUUUUAGUAUUUUCUGUUUUUGCACGCAAAUCACAUGUACUGUGACGUGUUCACUGUCAUCAUGCCAAGCCUGUGUUGAACGUUACGUCUCAUCGCCUGUGUGGCCUUAUUCAAGUCAGCAGCAUCAGCUCAGACUCGUCUCUCACCAUUCACUCUAUAACAUCAGUUUCCAAAUUAUGAUCAAAGACCUUCAUCUUUCAUCUAUUCUGUGAC